AUGCCAAACUUGCUGGUUCGGCAUCUCUCUACUGGCUGCAUUUCUUGCACGCUGAUUCUUGUUGUGGCCAUUCAACGCGAUCUCUUUUUCUAUCUUUUGAAUAGCUUUCUCGUCUUUAUAUUUUGUUCUUUCUCUAAUUCACUUUCUUCUUUUUUCCUUUUAGGCUUUCGUUUCGUUUUCCUUUUCACGUUUUCCUUUCAGGUUUUCUUUUCGUUUUCAUUACUUACUGGAAUUAACUCACUUUCUCACAGACGUGCCGUCGCCUCUCUCUCUCUCUCUCUCUCUCUCUCUCUCUUAGCACUAUCUAUCUAUCUAUCUAUCUAUCUAUCUAUCUAUCAUAUGACUGCUCAUAUUUAUCACUCAUAUAAGACAGCUAAUAUAUAUCUAUUUAUCUAUCUUAUAACUGCUCAUAUCUAUCUAUCUAUCUAUCUAUCUAUCUAUCUAUCUAUCUAUCUAUCUAUCUAUCUAUCUUAUAACUGCUCAUAUCUAUCUAUCUUAUAA